AUGGGUCUGUGUCGAUCGGCGCCCAUAAGCAACGAGGAGGACUGGGAUCCUCGGCAGCGCAGUGCGGAGAUUGACAAGCACAUAUCGGAGGUGAGUCGGCAUGAGUUUCGGGAGUACAAGCUGCUUCUGUUGGGCAGUGGGGAGUCGGGGAAGACGACGAUUGUCAAGCAGAUGAAGAUUAUCCACCAGAAUGGGUACUCGAAGCAGGAGCUGUACAUGUUCCGCCUGACGGUGAUCAAGAACUUGAUCGACUCGGUGCGUGCGAUUGCGUUGGCGCUUCGUCUGCUGGGCAUGGAGCCGGAGCGCUUGGAGAGUCGGGAGGCGGCUGAUGUGUUGACGCAGUAUGAGGUGCCUGCUGAUGCGAAUGCGUUUCUUCCGCCUGAGAUUGGCGAGCUGAUUCAGACGCUGUGGACGGACCCGAUCAUCCCGCGGUUGUUGGAGCGCCGGAGUGAGUUUUACAUGAUGGACAAUGCGGGCUAUUUUCUGGAUGCGGCGCCGCGCAUUGCCAUGGACUCGUAUAUUCCGACGCAGGAGGAUGUGCUGCAUGCGCGCUCGAAGACGGUGGGCAUUUCUGAGACGCGAUUCGAGAUGGGACGUGGCCUCGCGAUCCAUCUGGUCGAUGUGGGGGGACAGCGGUCGGAGCGGAACAAGUGGAUCCACUGCUUUGACGCGGUGACCUCGGUGAUCUUUUGCGUGGCUCUGAGCGAGUAUGACCAGGUGCUGUUGGAGGACAGCCAUCAGAAUCGCAUGGCUGAGAGCCUGGUGCUGUUUGAGAGUAUCAUCAACAGCCGCUGGUUCCAGCGGUCUUCGAUCAUUCUGUUUCUGAACAAAAUUGACAUUUUCAAGCAAAAGCUGGCGCGGCGCCCGCUGUCGGACUACUUUCCUGAGUAUACGGGGGGCGAUGAUGUGAACAAGGCUGCCAAGUACAUUCUCUGGCGCUUUAUGCAGGUCAAUCAUUCGAAGCUGUGCAUCUACCCGCACAUUACGCAAGCGACGGACACGACGAAUAUCAGGCUCGUGUUUGCUGCCGUGAAGGAGACGAUUUUGCAAAACUCGCUACGGGAGACGGGUUUUUUGUAG